UUGCUUUUACCAACGGGCGGGCUCACAACUGGCAAAGAACAAUUUCUUUUCACAGAUGCCAAGGAAAUUUCAAUAAUCGGUUUAAAAUGCUAAUGAUCAACAUUGACUUCUAGAAAAUACUAGUAUACAAACGGGAGACUGCUUACAAUGCGGAUACGUGUUUUACACUGCGAUUUCAUAACCAGAAGUUAAUUUUAUAAACAUAUUAUUUAAGUUAAUUUUGUACCUGGCGAUUUUAAUUACUGAACAAUUAUUACCAUAUCUACAAUAAUUGAUGGUCACUGAUGAUGAUAUAUCUUUCACCAUGGAUUUACCACCUUGUGCCUCUUAUGUUAAUAUGGGAUCGAAGAAUUACAGUGCGCUUGUGCACGUUUGUGACAUUCGUGGGGUCAAUAGUAGGUGUGACCCACGGUCGGAUAUUGACCAUAGGGCUGCUGGUUCCCCAUAGUGGUUCCCGGUCAGUCGGAACGGAAGCGGAGAUUGUCAUUGGUAUGGCCAUUGAGAAGGUGAACGCAGCAGACGACUUGAUGAACCUGCGCGCGCACAACAUCACGUUCGAGUUUCAGCGCGCGGACACCCACUGUGACAUCGGACAGGGAUUGUAUGAACUCGUGCAGAUGAACAAUGUGGCGGACGCGUUUAUUGGCCCAGCGUGCGACUCCGUCUGUCUCCCCGCGGGUCUGCUGGCCGCCAAGUGGGACAAACCCAUGAUCAGUUACUCCUGCUCCUCAAGCGUCCUCAACAACCACGAUCAUUUCCGGACGUUUGCGCGCACUACCGCCAUCUAUACAGACAUGACUUUUUUCAUCCUCGACUUCCUGGAGUUUUAUGGGUGGGACCAUGUUGUUAUUGUGGAAGGGCCAGAAUCCGUGUGGCGAGAAACUGCUGGUUUCUUCCAGUCCACGUUUGAGCGUGCCGGGGUGGUGACAGAGUUGCUGAGUAUCUCAAGUAACGAGGACCACUACGUCAUAGAAAAAAACCUCAAACACUCAGUACAAGAGGGGAAAGUUUUCAUCCUAUGUACAUACGGGCUUGACACACUGUACGUCAUGUGCGCGGCCGAGACGGCGGGGCUGCUGGACGGUAACCACGUGUUUAUUGCCAUCGACUUCGCGUACAUGACCACAUUCAAGAGUGCCGCCGACAGACCAUGUACCUUGCCGAAAGACCUUGAGGGUAUGCUUGAUGUGACCAUACAGUUGGAUGAGGAGUACGAUGGUUACAAAACCUUUGUCCAGGAACUAAAUCUGCGCACGAGCGAAAUACACGGCGUGGAGAUAGGGAUUCACAUGGGUAUGCUAUAUGACGCCGUGUACCUGUACGCCCUGGGGCUGGACAAGACCCUCGAGCUCGGGCUGGACGAGAGAAACGGUUCCCAGAUCAUCGAUCAGCUUCUCUUACAUUCAUUCCAAGGCAUCACGGGUGAGGUAAGAAUAAAUGUCAACGGGACCCGGAAUGCCAACUUCACCAUGCAUAACGUUUUCAUGGGAACAUACAGGCCAGUUGCCCAUGGCAACACGAGCCGCGGGGGCCUAUACUUUGAUGAGGACGCUAUGAUCUACUGGCAUGGGGGGUCCACCACCCCGCCCCUUGGUCGACCCGUAUGUGGCUGGAAUGGGGAACUUUGUUACGAAGAAGAAGAUAAAUAUACAGUCGUGCUUACAGCAAUGUCUGUGGCAGUGCUUAUCAUCCUGACAAUGGCGUCUGUGUUUGGAGCGUACCUGUACAGAAGGCGGAAGCACAACGAACAGAUGGAGAGUAUGGCGUGGAAGGUGGCCUUCGAUGACCUUGACUUCAAGGUCAAGAACAAGGGAAGCGCCUAUGGAAGCGUGAUGAGGGGCAGAAAGCGGACCGUUAAAAAGACGCGAAAGGGAACAUUUAUGUCGAAACGAUCUCGGUCACAUGACACGCUAAACAUGGGAAAGACAACACGCGUCAAUAGCAUGGACUCGGCUAUCUCCUCCGGGCAGGUGUUCACGAAGGUAGCCUCGUAUGACGGAAAACUGGUGGCCGUGAAACACAUCAACAAGCCGUACGUGGCCGUAACGGCGGCGUUGAAACGGGAAAUGAAUGAGAUCCGGCAACUGAAUCACCGUAACAUCAACCCGCUGGUUGGCGCAUGCGUGGAGCCAUUGAAGGUGUGCCUCCUGGCCGUGUACUGUCCGAAAGGCAGCCUACAGGACGUGCUUGAGAAUGACAAUAUAAAACUCGACCAGAUAUUUAAGGUCGCUUUUGCUACUGACAUUGCAAAGGGGAUGAGCUACCUUCACUCGUCAGCAGUACGGAGCCACGGGCAUCUCAAAUCCUCCAACGUGUUUAUAGACCCACACUGGACGUGCAGGAUUGGAGACAUCGCCAUGCCCGUCUUCCGUGAUGCGGAGCGGCCGCCAUCUAGCGGGGAACUCAGGGAACAUUAUCAACAGUUAUGGACGGCACCGGAGCUGUUGAGGGACCCUAGCCGCCCUGCCCGGGGGUCACCGAAGGGGGACGUUUAUUCGUACGGGAUUAUCCUCCAGGAAAUCAUGCUCAGGACUGGUCCGUUCGGAAACAACAACUUCGACCCAGAGGAUAUUUUGGAGCGUUUGAUAGAAAAGCAAACACCACCGUUCAGACCGGAAGUGCCUCCUUUGGAGGGAAUCUCAGAAAUUGAUGACGUCAUGAGAAUGUGUUGGGAGGAAGUCCCGCUCUUCCGGCCGUCAUUUGAUUCGGUGCUAGAAUCUCUCAAGAAAUUCAAUAAUGGAAAGACAACGAACCUGGUUGACCAAAUGAUUCACAUGAUGGAGCGGUACGCUGACCACCUCGAGGAGUUGGUCAACAACCGGACAGAAGAGUUAGAGAUAGAACAAAAACGAACGGAGGAACUGUUGUGUAGGAUGUUACCCAGGUCCAUAGCCAACGAUUUAAAGGUCGGUAAAAUAAUCGCCCCGGAGACAUACGACUGUGUGACGGUUUUCUUCUCGGACAUUGUCGGUUUUACGGCGCUCUCCUCGGAAAGCACACCAAUGGAGGUUGUCAACUUUCUCAAUGAUCUCUAUACAUGUUUUGACACAAUUAUCGAAGACUACGACGUAUAUAAGGUUGAGACUAUAGGUGACGCGUAUAUGGUGGUGAGUGGCCUACCCCAACGGAACAGUGAUCGGCACGCGGGGGAGAUCGCAACCAUGGCCCUCGAUCUCUUGUCCUCUGUCACCACUUUCCGUAUCCGACACCGUCCCGACAGGCAGCUUCAGAUGAGGGUCGGCAUUCAUAGCGGUUCGGUGUGCGCGGGCGUGGUCGGCCUCAGUAUGCCGCGGUACUGUCUGUUCGGGGAUACGGUCAAUUACGCCUCACGGAUGGAAUCCAGCAGUCUCGCGUUGCGGAUUCACGUGAGCCCGGAGACCAAACACAUCCUGGACAAACUGGGCGGCUACCACUUCCACUGUCGAGGACUGGUCAUGAUGAAAGGUAAAGGCGAAGUGAAGACCUACUUUCUGUUGAGCAAGGAAGGUUUCAGUAAACCCCUUCCCGACCUGGCAUUGGCUGCGCCCGUGGAGGAACACGAAUUCAAAUAACCAUGACAGCACCACGGCCUCGUAAUGGCCGCAUAAUCGACAUUCGGGUCAUUUGGUUAUGUGACUUCAGCAAA